AUGGCAACCCAGCAAACGACAAACGCACCAUGGCAUGCCGCCUUUCCAAACCCCACGGCGACUCCUGGGGCUGUAAACCGCUCUGAAGUCCUUGGAUGGCUAUCAAGGAGUGAUGGACCGCUGGAUUAUGUGCUAGUUGACGUACGCAGGGUCGACCACGAGGGAGGGACAAUACGGGGCUCUAUCAACCUACCGGCGCAAAGUUUCUACGCAUCGCGCCCAACCCUAUACAAACUGCUCAAGCAGGCUGGUAUUAAAAAGGCCGUUUUCUACUGCGGUUCAUGCAAUGGCCGAGGGCCCCGGGCUGCAGGCUGCUUUGCCGACUAUCUUCAGGAACAAGGGGAAAGCGAUAUUCAGAGCCUUAUUCUUGAAGGUGGCAUUAAAGGCUGGGUAAAGGCUGGAGAAGAGUAUGUGGCUAACAUGGAUGGUUACGAUCCUGCUCCUUGGAACCAGUGA